GAGAAAGUUCAAAAGUCGUCAUCUAAGUCUCGCAAUUUCGGCCUUCAGGUUCUAACGAUAGACUUUGAAGGGUUUGGAUGUUCUCGGCGGAUAGAGGUUGUGAAUGAGAUUCGCAAAGCAUCAGAAAACUGGGGUUUCUUUCAAGUUGUUAAUCGAUCAUGGGAUUCCUGCUAGUGUCGCGGAUGAGAUGUUAGCAGGUGCAAGACGAUUCCAUGAGGAACCUCAAGAGGUGAAGCUUAUCUUGUAGAGAAGAGACCCGUCCUUUAUUAAGUAUAGUUCUGCAAGACAACAUGGAUGGCCUCCAGGUUCGUCAUCAGAAGCAGUGGAUUGAUGUCCCCUCUGCAGGGAGCUCUUCUAAGAAAUAUAGGGGACUUAAUGACCGCAGGUACGUAAUAGUUUAUGCAGCAAUAGUUUUAUUUGAGUUUCUCAGAGGACGGCAACCUGCCUGUCUCGGGCAAGCUCGAAAGGUCGAAUUCAAGCACUAUCUUUCAAUGAAACAAAAUAUUGAUCAUACGUUACUCACUCUUGAGAGGUUGUACAUGACAUAAAUGUCUGCAAUUAAGUCCUCAAGAUCGAUAGAAAUGGAUCGAAAAUCAUAACUCACUAAAACUUGAUGUUGUCUAAAGUUUGAUGACCUUUUCAGGACGUGGCUAUCUUUGUCUGAGACAUAGAAUCAUUCUAAAUGUAAUGACCUAAAAGUGUUGUUUUCUUCAAUUUUUAGCUUAUCACCAAUGACAAGUUCACUAGAUAGCUUGUAACACUAUUAACAUUCUCAUUACCUUGUUGAAAUUGUUAGUUGAAUGUGGAUUAGACAAAAGAUUUAAACCUUGUGGUGAAGGAUCCAUUUUCAACCAUUUAUGUGACUUCGCGUUUGUACUUUUACUCUCUGGAAUUACUUGCCCGAGACACAGGCUCUUUUAUACUUCUUACUUCAAUAGCUUGCUUGAUGGCUUUUUGUUGUUCUCGAAUGAUUCCGAACACCAAUCCAAUUACUCUCUAAUGUUUAUAGAAAUGAUCAUGGAAAGUGAAAGCAUGGAUCUGAUCAGGUAAGAGCAAGGGUGGAAACUAAAUCAAAAGAAUGAGAGAUUAAUUAAGGAAAAGGUCAAUUUUGUGUGUUUAAAAUCACUUUCAAUUCUUAAUGUAUUCUUUCAAUUCUUAUGUAUUCUUUCAAUUCUUUUGACUGAGAGUAAUUCAAAGAUGUAACAAAGAAAGAAUUGAAUAGAUUCAAUCAUGCAGGCUUGAGUGGACCUAGGCAAUAGUAAACAAAAUUAUCAUACGAAGAGAACUGGGAGAGAAAGAGAGAGGGAGGGAGAGAUUUGAGGAUGGGAUUGCAGACCUUUCAUGAUGUCUCAUAAUUAAGGCUAGACCAGGAAGAUCAAAAGUUCUGAUGGGCCAUUCCAGGUUACAAUUUUUCUUAUGCAUCAAUUAUGACCAUCUGACUGCUCUAGUUAAUUAGACACAUGCCCUUCACAGUAAUCAGAAACUCUACUUCUGUAACCAAAACUAGCAUCAUCAUCCGAUUCUGCAAACAUGGAAGUCACGAUUUCCAAUUUUGAAGAAGGCUCAAACUAUGACAUAGACAAGGAAGUGAAAGCAAUCGAUGCAACAAAAGCUGGUGUUAAGGGACUUGUUGAUUCUGGUGUGACCAGGAUUCCCAGGUGUUUUGUCCACCCACCAGAGAAUGUGCUGAAGUCAUCAUUCAAGUCUAGCAAUAUCAGCCAUCAGGUUCCCAUUAUAGACUUCGAAGGGUUUGAAAGUUAUCGGCGAUCAGAGGUGGUAAAUGAGAUCCGGAAAGCAUCAGAAGAAUGGGGUUUCUUUCAAAUUAUUAACCACGGAACUCCAGUUGCUGUCAUGGAUGAGAUGUUAGCAGGGGUGAAACGAUUCCACGAGCAACCCCAGGAAGCGAAGGCGGAGCUGUACUCUCGUGACCCUAAAAAAAGAGUGAAGUUCUUCUAUGGAGGAGUGGUUCUGACCAAAGAAACAGCGGUUUGGAGGGAUACAGUGGCAAUAAAUUUUCAGGAUGGUGAACUUGACCCUGAACUAUAUCCUGAAGUUUUAAGAAAAGAGUUAAGUGAAUACACAAAACACAUGACCAAAAUCAGCAAGACUCUGUCUGAGUUCUUAUCAGAAGCACUCGGGCUUCGUUGUGACUACCUUUCAAGCAUUGAAUGCAUGGAUACUCAAGCAUUGGCGGGCAACUAUUACCCACUUUGUCCUGAACCAGACUUGACAGUGGGCGCCACCAAGCAUACAGACCCUUCUUUUCUGACUAUUCUUGCUCAAGACAACAUGGGUGGCCUCCAAGUUCAUCAUCAAAAUCAAUGGGUAGAUGUCCCACCUCUGCAAGGAGCACUUGUAGUAAAUAUAGGGGACUUCAUGCAGCUUAUCACUAAUGACAAGUUCAGAAGUGUGGAGCAUAGAGUUCUGGCUGGAGAAGUCGGGCCUCGGAUAUCAGUAGCAUGCUUUUUCUUCCCAAGCACAGCAAAUAAGUUUAAACCCUAUGGGGUAAUAAAGGAGCUUCUAUCUGACGACACGCCCGUGAUCUAUAGAGCAACUCAUUUGGCUGAAUUCAUGGGUCAAUACAUGUCCACAGGAUCAUCUAUCUCAGUCCUUUCUCCUUUUAAAGUGACGAGGCCAUGCUAGUUGCUUCACUAUUUCUGCUGCGCGAAUUUGUUGAAUUUUCUCUUUCCUUCAUGGAUGUUGAACAUCAAUAAACAGCUUGUAACAGCAUAAUAUUAUCAUCCAAAAGACUUAAACCUUACAGUGAGUGAUCCAUUUUCAACCUUUUGUGUGACUUUGCUUUUAUAUUUUUGUUCUAUGUUGGGAUGCCUACUGAAA